AUGUCGACAAACCCGAAGUUCGGCCGAGAGGCGCUGCGGGUGCGUUUCUCUGAUGCGGCAACGAGCAUCAGCGAGUUGUACCGUACUGCAGUGCUUUCGUACGAUGCCGGCUACCGCGACGCCCUGCUGUACGUUCACCACUACAUUCUUCUCAACACCCCGCGGGCGGUGGCCGGCGACGCCGUCUUGCCCCAUAGCGCCCAAUCGCCCGUAGGAACAACGAGUUCCUCCGCGUCACCGCCCUUGCUAGACGCGGAUCGGCUGCUGCGCUUCAUCCAGAACUCACUUAAGCGCCACGAGCUGGUUUCCGUCGCCUCGCGCGGCACGCUGCGCCGGCGGAAGCGUUCCUUGAGCUGCGUGGACCGGUCGGCGUGCGGCUUGCACCCGGAGGGAGAGGGCGGUGCUACGCUGGAGGACACCCAUGCCGUGCAGCGUUGUCGCAUUGCCUCCCCUGAGCGUGGAGUGGAGGAGCCAAGCGUGGAGGUUCGCGACAUGCUGCGCGACGUCCGCAUUUCCCGUCCCGUGGAGUUUGACUCGGGAACCGACGACGACGACUUUCCCGCAGAAGCGUAG